GUGAAGUGUCAGGCACAGUUGAACAAGAGACAGGACUAUGGACACUGGCACUACAGACGGCAACACACCAGCUGAAUUUGAAUGCCCUGUUUGUAAAGAUGUCUUUGUUGAACCUGUGUGUUUACCUUGCCAACAUGUGUUCUGCCAUUGUUGUCUCACAGAAUCACUGAAAGUACAAAAACACUGCCCCGCCUGCAGGAAUCCAAAUAUUGGGCAAAUGACACCAGCCACUGAUGUCAUCAAGCAGAUGGAAGGCAGACGUGGCACCUGUAUGGAAUGUCGUUCUGUGGUGCCUUUCAGCCAAAUGAGAUCCCAUCUUACAAGCCAUGUCUCUGCAGUGAAUACACAGAACAUACAUGAUUUCAGGCUAUCAGUGAUGACCUUUCAAUGUCCUUACUGUCAGGAGACAGGACUCGAUGAUCUUGACCUCUUGAAUCAUUGUAACGAAAAUCAUGGGUUUGACAACAGGCGUGUGGUGUGUCCCAUCUGUGCAUCCAUGCCUCAUGGAGAUCCGUCUUAUCAAAGCAGGAACUUCAUUGGACACUUAAACUUGAGACAUGGGUUCUACAUAGAGGACUAUGUGGAUACAACACAAAAUGAUGCAAUAAAUGAACAAGGUGCAAUUUUAGCAUCAUACAAUGCACUGCUGCAGUAAAUUGUUACAUCACUGUGUUUUUGUGAUUGUAAAAUAGAUUAUUUUUUGUAACUAUAUUAUUACAUUUAAUGUAAGAGAAAAAAUGGAAAAGGAAGAUGUUGCUGGUUUUAAAAUGCCACUUAGCAGAUAUGAAAGAGUACUAGGCCAAUGAAACCUUAGAAUGUAGCAACAGCUUACAAGAGGAAAGAGGAUGCUAUUAGGGUUCUCAGCUCGCUCUUCACUGUGCAUCCUGUUCAUCACCCCAGAAAAUAUUUACAGCAAAUACAGAAUUAACAGCCCUCCAGCAGUCCCCCUACAGUAUGAAAUAUGUUUACUGUGCAAGCACACUAUUGUCAUUGUUGUACUGAAAAAUGUAAUGUUUUGAUUGCCAACCUGCAGUUUUUGUAGUUAAUUGUAAUGUCCCUCAAUUCACUGGUACCUUAGCACCAGUUUGGUACCUGUCCCGUAUAGUGUGGUAUAACAAGGGUGCACUGUACUUCCAUUUCUGAAAUGUUAGCUUGCUUGAUUUAGGGUCAUAUUAUUUAAUGAAUGUUGUUAUGUAGUCUCUCUUGAAGGAUUACUGUUGAUAAUACGAUUUGCAAAUAAGGUCUAUGACCAUUUUAAUUUAAUUUAUAAUUAAGUCUUUGAAGUUAUAAAUUAUUUCCUAAAAAAAUAGGCUUAAAUAAUGCAUAAUACCAACGGUUUGUUUGAGUAAACUGGUUUUGGGUGGCAGUUUUGGCCUCUUCACUCCAGGUUCCAAUUUAUUCUAUAAUUAUUUAAUAAAAGUAUCUAUUAAACCUGUGUGGAAAAGACCUCCAUGAUCGGAAUUGCCUACCCCUAGUUUACUAAAAACAACUGUCAAAAUGAUUGAAAUACCAACAUAAUCAGUGAGAUAGUCGUAGACAAUUACAUUUCUCUAAUAAUCAGUCAGGGAUUUCAGUUUUCAAUUAAAUCCUAAAUUAUAGAUUCACGCUGUAACAGCCCACUAAUUACAAAACACUAAGGAAGUAAAAUGUAUGACAUUGUUUUAUUUUCUGUUAAAACAUAUUGUAAUACUGUAUUCAUUUUCACAACUACGACCACUCACAAGGUAUUGCAGGGCGCAUUUAGUUGGUGGGCAGCCUAUCCUAGUUAAAGCUCUAUUGUAGUAGUGUUAUAUUCUGUGCAUUAUUAUGUUAAACAUGCACUCCUGUUUAAUCCGCAGAUUACUGAUUUGUCCCGUACUAAAUGCCACCUGGAACAUCCAUGUUUUGAAUAGGAUCUGUUAGGUAAUAGCCAGGGCUGUCAGAUUCGCUGGUAGGAUGGGACCAGCAAAUCAGAUGCUAGUUAACACGAGCAGGAAAAGAACAGCACGCCCACUGCUUGUCUGGCAGAAAUACUGUAAAUAGCAAGACAGGGCGUUCGGUGGAUUUUCGUUGAUAAACUUAAAUAAUGUUAUUAACAAUGCGCGUUACAAAAAUGUGAUUAUUUUCGAUUUAAUCGUAGCAGCCCUAUUAGGUAAUAACAUUUCAGUCAUCACAUGUUGGUGGACUGAACAGCAAUUUUGAUUCUGGAUUUCAGAUUUGGGGUAUAUUGUGAUUUAAAGUUUGUAUAGGUUUUUGUGUAGACACUCCUGGAUGUUCAUUUGCAUUUGCAUAUAACAUGUAUUCCUUGUAUAAUACACACCGCCACUACAGUACCUUUUCGAAAACACCAUAGUAUACAGCACAACUUGUAAAAUGUGCAACCUAAGCUUCUGAAAGCACCUUAACACAGGACUGUAGAAUGUAAUGCAAUUCCAGAAUGUAAUGUUUAAUUUGGUAACACUGUUUUUUGUCCAUCCUAAGUAUAUUCUAAAACAAUAAAAAUAAACUCUUAG